AUGCUAACUGGCACAAACGGUAGUCCUCGAGCACCACCAAUUCAUCAUGCAGAAACAGUUAUCACAUACGACACGCAACAGCUCAUGACUCGAUAUGCAACACUAAGUCCCUCGGAUAUGUCAGAUUUGGAAUCAAGAUUGUUGUAUUCUAAUACGGCUGGUUAUUGUAGUAGUAGUGAUGAAGAUGAUAUGAAAGUUGAUAAAGCUGAAGAUACUGUGCAAAGGUAUCAUAACGAAGAUGCAGCAGCAAGUCAACUGGCACCAAGAAAUCAGUGGAAUACAGGACCAAAAGGUGUGCUAGAGGAUUAUAGGAUUCAUAAGGCACAACAUGAGAAGGAGGAAUCGAAGAAAUAUGAAGAGCUUGUUGCUCAAGCCAAAAUGUGUACUUUGUCAGGAGAGUCGGAAAAUGACGAUCUGGAAGAGAUUCGAAGAAAAAGAUUACUAGAAAUGAAGGAUAAUUUAUAUGCUGUAGGGAAAAUAGAUGACUUAACAGAUAAGGAGCAAUUUCUAAAUUUCAUCGAAUUAAGUCAAGACCGAUGGGUUCUAAUUCAUAUUUACGAAGAAGAUAACGAGGGUUGUGCGACGUUAAAUAAAGUCUUCAAUACGCUUGCCGUUCGUCAUCCAAAUUUCAAGCUAGGCAAAGUGUUAUCAUCGACGCUUGGACUGUCAGCACAGUUUAAGAUGCAGGGUCUUCCUACAUUGCAAGUUUAUCGAGAUGAGCUAUUGGUCGGUAACUUUAUUCGUAUAACGGAUCAGCUUGGAGAAAAUUUCACAGCGGAUCAGUUAAUUCAUUUUCUGAGCGAGAGUGAAAUCGAGCUAGAGUUAUCCAAAUAUCCGGCAUAUGCAGAAGACUAUUACGGCGAUGACGAUAUUAUCAUCGAUCAUGAUUAUUAA